AUGACAUAUAUUAAACUUGUUGAUUACUCAACCUCUGCAACUCCGGGAUUUGGCGGAUAUAGUUCAGGAAAUUCUUCUCUUAAACGUAUUCGUGGCAUUGGUUUUCAAGUAUUUUCAAAUGUUGCAAAUUCAACUGUGCCAUUUACUUUCACUGAAUUUAACAAUCGUGAAGUUUAUAAUAUGGUUGAUUAUUGUGGUACAACUCUAACUACAACUACUCAAUGUGAUUCUCCAUUCAUGGGAUUUCCAAAUCAAACUAAACAAAUGAGAUGGUGCCUGUAUAUAUUAAAUCCAUACAAUAAUAGUCAAAAAGCAUAUGUAUCAUUCAGUCCUGACGAAACUUCUACAACUUCAACUAAAAAUGAUAUGAGCAUAAGUGGAAGUGGAAUAACUAAGAAUAUAAACAAUGAAUAUUUUUUAUUAGUCCUAUUAAUAUUAUUUCAGAUGCUGUGGGGAAAUUUUUGUUAA